CACGCGGGAAGCCACGCCCAUUUCACCGCUUCUCCGCCCAGUCGCUCUCCUCUGGCUACGACGGCAGCAUGGCGGGCGCGGAAUUGCGGGCAGCGCUGGAGCAGCGGCUCGGCGCCCUAGCCAUCCAUACGGAGGUCGUGGAGCACCCGGAGGUGUUUACAGUUGAAGAAAUGAUGCCUCAUAUCCAACAUUUGAAAGGCGCACAUAGUAAGAACUUAUUUCUUAAAGACAAGAAGAAAAAAGGCUAUUGGCUGGUGACAGUUCUUCAUGAUAGACAAAUUAAUUUAAAUGAUCUUGCCAAGCAGUUAGGUGUUGGGAGUGGAAAUCUUCGGUUUGCUGAUGAAACAGCCAUGCUAGAAAAACUAAAAGUUGGCCAAGGCUGUGCCACACCUUUGGCUCUCUUCUGUGAUGAUGGAGAUGUGAAAUUUGUUCUGGAUUCAGCUUUUUUGGAAGGUGGGCAUGAAAAGGUGUACUUUCAUCCAAUGACCAAUGCUGCAACCAUGGGAUUGAGCCCUGAAGACUUUCUCACAUUUGUGAAGAAGACUGGACAUGAUCCCAUAAUACUUAAUUUUGAUAAAAACAACUAAUUGGGCUGAUACUUAGAAUACAUUUAUUUCUGAAAGCUGUUUUUCUUAUUUGUAAUUUAUAAAAAGCAUUAAAAGUGGUAAGAAUA